AUGAACGGAGAUCCUUGCCCUGGAGAGAACAAUUUGUUUCAGGUGGGAUUCACGGACAAACGCUACAGAUGUGUCUGCCGUGAUGGAUACAAACAUAGAGGACGUGCCACUGAUCAAUGUGAAGGUAAGGUGACAAUAAAUAACUCAUUGUUUGGGAAAUCUGUUUCCCCAAGCAAAAACUGCGUGUUUGUUUUUGUCUAAAGCCGUCAGUCAAGUAAGCAGUGUCGUGGGAUACCCGGUGAAUCAAAAAUAAGCGACGUUGAGGUUAUUGAGGGUCCUGGGUGGUGGUCGGGUUUGGUGCAAAGGGCGUGGUCAGUCGAAUUUCGCUGUGCCAUUUUUCAGUUUUUAAUGCCAUUUCUACUGGCAGAAUUCAACGGAUCGCAGGGUUAAACAUAUCAGCUGUUUUCUCAGAGAUGGCUCACAGUGUAGACGUUUUCUGCAUGUUUCAAACACCUUAACUUUGAUCUUUUAGUUCGAUCGAGGGAUUUUUUCCGGGGGCUCCGAGUAAGAUUGUUAAUUUAUUAAAAACUGGCAGCUUCAAUCGCUGUUGCAAGCUAUCAGAUCUUUUACUGCUAACGGGCGCUUCAAAACAAGAAUUGUUGUUUUCAUUGAAGAACUUUUAAUAACUGUCGGCUGAAUGUUUUUUCAUGGCUUACGCGAUAGUUAAAAUUGUCAUAGACACAUGAAAAAAAGUCCGGUCACCCUAGCUAUUGAAUUAUUGCACUGUUGUGGUAUUCACCGUAAUAGCGUUCAACUUUAUCUCCUUGAAUAAUUGCAGAUAUUGAUGAAUGCGAAGAAGGUAUCCAUAACUGUCAACAAGGUAUUAGCUAAGAGCAAGAGAAAAAUGUGUGAAUUAUCUUGGCCUAACAUUACUCUACCGUAAUUUCUAAAUUGCAUUCAAAAUUUCAAAUUAGGGAAAUUUAAUUUUGAGUUUCUUAAAGGUGGAAAACCACUCUUUUUUAUUUUAUUUCAUUUAUUUGUUUAUUUUUUUAUUUAUUUAUUUAUAUAUUAGCAUGAAUUUCCUCAUUUAUUUAUGAAUAAUAGUUGAAUCAAAAUAAGUAUCACAGAAUGAUUUCAGCUCUCAGGCUGAAACCAGUAAAAGAAAAAAAAAAUGCCACAGUUGCAGUAUUCUCUCUCGCACUUAAUACUGGCAAACAGUUUUAAUAUUAGAAUCCUAAUGGAGGAAGCUUUGUUGUUAGGUGCAUUAACAACUACAGCGAAGUCGGCUAAUUUUCCGUUAAAGGAGCAGCUUUACAACUAAUCACACGGAGUCGACAAAGGUAACGUUCGAUGACCAAAGAAGGGUUGAAAAGAAUUCUAAGUUGAGGGUGAAAGCUUAGAAAAAUGGGUAGUAAUGUGCUUCUUGCAUGGCUCAUGCCAAGUUGGAAACAAACGUUAUAACAUAUUAGGGAGCUUACGAAACGAGGACGACGACGGCUACGAGGACUUCAUUUAAAAAUACAAGUUCACGUUAUUCAUAUCACAACGAAGCUAUUUCAUGUCGUUUCUCGUUAAAAAUGUGUAGUACCUGUCGAGGAAUUAAACUGGUAUGAGUGGGUUAGAAGCGCAGAGAGACAACUGAAAAUCCAUCGUCAUGUGCUAACGUCCUCCCCAGAACCUUGACUUUGGUCAUUUCAAGUCGUCAUUUAGGGGAUGACGGGAAAGAAAUGUACCACAAUGUAAAACGCACGUGCAGAGCGUGCAAAGCCAUUGUUUUUGAACACUAAACCUAUUGUUUUGUAGCGUCGUCGUUGCCGUCGGCGUCGUCGUUUCGUAAGCUCCCUAUUAGCAACACUGCAGCCUUAAUUUGUUUUUUUCCUUCACUGUCAGACGAAAACUCAGAAUGUAAGAACGAGGGUGGUUCGUUCCGGUGUGACUGUAAAACCGGGUUUGAAAAAGUUGGAGGUACAUGUAAGGGUAAGCAUCGAGAUUAAAAACAAAGUGGUUGGUAAUUUCUUACAAUAAACAAUCCCUUUUCUUAAUAUUCUUUGAAACUGUUCUUAAAAACUGUUUUAUUAUUUCUCACGAGAUGUUGAUGAAUGCCAAUCCGAUGAUCCACGGCGGUGCAGUCAUAAAUCAAACAUGGAAUGUAUCAAUACACCUGGAUCAUUCCGCUGUAAGUGCUUUCGUGGGUUUACUCGACAUGGUAAAGAUUGCCAGUGUAAAGGUUAG